AAUAGAAGAAUCCUACUACGCGGAGAUUGUUCUGAACAGGACAACAACGAGGGUGGGUGCGAUCAAGGCGAUGAACAAGUACUGGACGGGCUACAACACCAACGCUCGAGUCAUCUCACCUUCUCAGCCGACCUUCAUCUCAGUGUCAGAACCUAGCUCGCAAGCUACCGUGACCGUGAGGAGCUUCCUACCUGGAGCUAUGGGGACUGGGAAGGAGAAAUCCCCGGAGCCGCUGGACAGGAAGGUCAUGAUCAAAAGAAGGCCUGGAGGGAUCUUCGCUGUCAAGAGAAUACUGACGCAACCUGACCCGCUGGACGAGUGGAUCUCAACGGAGCAAGUCUACGAUAUCCGCGCUCAGCUCCUUGAUCGCCUGACGGAGGAAGGGGUCAAGACCCGACAGGACUUCAAGGUUGCGAGGUUCGCAAACGUGUAUGGACCGGGCGACAUCCGGUAUGAGUUGUGGGUGCCCGUUCAAUCUUUCGAGAUGCGAGCUGCUUCAUUGAUCAGCGCUUCAAACACUUCCAAGAUCAGUGGCCUCAAACUGGACUUCUCACUCCUCGACGAGGAGGAGUGAGCGUGUCUGGCCCUGGCCUCCAUGGACAUCGAUGUGAAUCGUUGAGGAGGGUUGGGAGAGGUAGGAUAAAACUUUGAAGAUGAAGAAUAAGGAUGACA